CCGAGUCAUUCGCCGCGAAUUUUUGCCUCGACCACAACGCAGUCUUCAGAACCGCGCUACCGAACCCGAGAAUUUCCAGAAGCAAAUCGCAUUAAAACGCGCUAAUUGACAAGCCGACAGUGUUAGCAAAAAACGAAAAGAGAAUGAAGCCCACCAACAACUCGACGCUGGAAGUCGUUUCCCCGAAAGUGCAGGUUGAUGAUGAGUUCAUUACAACCGACUACGAUUACCAGACAUCGCAUGUCAAGCGUACCGCCGAUGGACAGCUACAGGUGCACCCCCAAACGACAUCACUUAAGAUUCGCACUGGUCGCCAGGUGCCCAAGCUGGGCGUGAUGCUGGUGGGAUGGGGCGGCAACAACGGCUCCACGCUGACCGCCGCCCUGGAGGCCAAUCGCCGCCAGCUGAAGUGGCGCAAGCGGACGGGCAUCCAGGAGGCCAACUGGUUUGGCUCCAUCACCCAGGCCUCCACCGUGUUCAUCGGCUCCGAUGAGACCGGCGGCGACGUCUAUGUGCCCAUGAAGGAGCUGCUGCCCAUGGUGGAGCCCGACAACAUUGUCGUGGAUGGCUGGGACAUCAGCGGGCUGCACUUGGGCGACGCCAUGCGCCGCGCCGAGGUCCUGGACGUGGCUCUGCAGGAUCAGCUGUACGAGCAGCUGGCCCAGCUGCGGCCUCGGCCCUCCAUUUACGACCCGGACUUCAUCGCGGCCAACCAGUCGGAUCGGGCCGACAAUGUGAUCCGCGGAUCGCGACUGGAGCAGUACGAGCAGAUCCGAAAGGACAUCCGCGACUUUCGCGAACGCAGUGGCGUGGAGUCCGUCAUCGUGCUGUGGACCGCCAACACGGAGCGCUUCUCCGAUGUCAAGGCGGGACUGAACACCACCAGCCAGGAGCUCCUCGCCUCCCUGAAGGCAAACAACUCGGAGGUGUCGCCGUCCACUAUCUUCGCAAUGGCCAGCAUCGACGAGGGGUGCACGUACAUCAACGGAUCGCCGCAGAACACCUUUGUGCCCGGACUCAUCCAGUUGGCCGAGGAAAAGAAGGUCUUCAUUGCCGGCGAUGAUUUCAAGUCCGGCCAGACGAAGAUCAAGAGUGUGCUGGUGGACUUCCUGGUGGGAGCUGGAAUCAAGCCGGUGUCCAUCGCCAGCUACAAUCACCUGGGCAACAACGACGGAAAGAAUCUGUCCGCUCCCCAGCAGUUCCGCUCCAAGGAGAUUUCGAAGAGCAACGUAGUGGACGACAUGGUGGCCUCCAACAGGCUGUUGUACGGACCCGAGGAGCACCCCGACCACGUGGUGGUCAUCAAGUACGUGCCCUACGUGGGCGACAGCAAGCGGGCCAUGGACGAGUACACAUCAGAGAUCAUGAUGGGCGGCCACAACACCCUGGUGAUUCACAACACGUGCGAGGACUCGCUGCUGGCCACGCCCCUGAUCCUUGACCUGGUGAUUCUCGGGGAGCUGAGCACACGCAUCCAGCUACGCAGCGCGGAGCAGUCCGCCCCGUGGGUCCCCUUCAAGCCGGUCCUCUCCCUGCUGAGCUACCUGUGCAAGGCGCCUCUGGUGCCACAGGGUUCCCAGGUGGUCAACUCGCUCUUCCGCCAGCGCGCCGCCAUCGAGAACAUCCUGCGCGGAUGCAUCGGUCUGCCACCCAUCUCACACAUGACCCUGGAGCAGCGGUUCGACUUCGCCACCAUUACGAAUGAGCCGCCCGUAAAGAGGGCCAAGACCCUGGGCCAGCCCUGCGCCGUGGAAUCGGCAACCAAUGGCAAGAAGAUCCAAGCCAAUGGACACAGCAACGGAUCCGCCAAGCUGGCUGCCAACGGGAAUGGCCACUGAUGCGGGGCACUUACAGGAAAUUGAUUUCCCAUCGGAAAUAUAUAAUUUGAAUAUAUAUGGUUUUAAUUGGAUAAAUUACAAACUAGGCUUAAGCUAUUAUUACUAACUGAAUCGUUAAAAUACAAAAAGGCUUAAAGGACACUUGUCUGUACCACAAA